ACUGUUAAAAUAGUGCUCAAUACAUCAAUUGUAGGGCAAUAUAGAAAUACCACUGUUAAAAUAGUGCUCAAUACAUCAAUUGUAGAGCAAUAUAGAAAUAUCACUGUUAAAAUAGUGUCCAAUACAUCAAUUGUAGAGCAAUAUAGAAAUACCACUGUUAAAAUAGUGCUCAACACAUCAAUUAUAGGGCAAUAUAGAAAUACCACUGUUAAAAUAGUGCUCAAUACAUCAAUUAUAGAGCAAUAUAGAAAUACCACUGUUAAAAUAGUACUCAAUACAUCAAUUGUAGAGCAAUAUAGAAAUACCACUGUUAAAAUAGUACUCAAUACAUCAAUUGUAGAGCAAUAUAGAAAUACCACUGUUAAAAUAGUGCUCAAUACAUCAAUUGUAGAGCAAUAUAGAAAUACCACUGUUAAAAUAGUGCUCAAUACAUUAAUUGUAGAGCGAUAUAGAAAUACCACUGUUAAAAUAGUGCUCAAUACAUUAAUUGUAGAGCGAUAUAGAAAUACCACUGUUAAAAUAGUGCUCAAUACAUCAAUUAUAGAGCAAUAUAGAAAUACCACUGUUAAAAUAGCGUUCAAUACAUCAAUUGUAGAGCAAUAUAGAAAUACCACUGUUAAAAUAGUGCUCAAUACAUGA